CACCCAAUUGACCCAAUUGACCAAAUUCACCCAAUUGCCCUAAUUGACCAAAUUGACCCAAUUGACCCAAUUCACCCAAUUCACCCAAUUGAACCAAUUGAUCCAAUUAACCCAAAUGACCCAAUUGACCCAAUUCACCCAAAUCACCAAAUUGACCCAAUUGACCCAAUUAUUGAACCAAUUGAUCCAAUUCACCCAAUUGACCCAAUUCACCCAAUUGACAAAAUUGACCCAAUAGACACAAUUAACCAAAUUGACCCAAUAGACUCUAAUGACCCA